AUGACGUUCUAUCCAAGCUCAGACGACAAGACAUAUGGCGUUUGUGCAGUGAUUGACAGACUGCCUCAUAGAUUCGCGUGCCUUGCGCUUGCGGCGGACAAGUCCCGCCGUGCUGACCUUAACAAGACGCUGAGCGAGUGGAAGACAAGGGCAGCUGGACGGGUCAGGGACAUUGUGCUCCCUACGCUUGGAUUCUUCCGUGAUGAGCGCGACGAGGCAAGCCCGUGGGCAAGGGACAACGCACGGACGCUGGAGCAGAUUCGGGAGCGCAUUGGGCUUGGUGCGGAAGAGAGCGAUCUGGUGCUGAGCAACUGGUCAAACGACUGCGAGGGGAUGCCAUUUGCGUCUGCCGCCUUUGCAGCGUGCGCAAAGGCAGCCUUCAUUCCGAGGAAGCCUACAAUGCCGCUCACUUUGAAGGUGUACCACUUUGGGUGGCUGGAGCACGUGCUGUCCGACAGCAUUAUGUAUUGGGAGCAGAGGAUGGGCCGCGUCUCUAACUCGGCCGGGGGGAACGGCCACGUCGUGAACGGGCUCAAGGUGCUUGUGAAGGGCUCUGUGUCACAGGCCAUCAGUCACUUCAAUCCCGAGUACGACGACGAGAAGGAGGAAUGGAUUUGGGGACGCCAUGGUCUCCGCCUUUCUGCCUGUGGUCUGGAGAACAUGAAGCCUAAUGCUGGCGCUAGGGGCGGAGAAGGCGCCGGGAAGGAUGUGCAGUCGGUGUCAGUCGGGGACUAG